AUGUCGCCGCACGCCCUCGUCACCGCCGACAGCACCGAGAGGACCGUCGACCUCUCCAAGUUCGCCGUCACCAAAAACGCCUUUCUCCCGGACCGCAGCCCGUCGACGAUCCUCUCAGAUCCCUACUACGAACCCUGGGAACGUGUCGGCCAGAACUUGUCCUCCCUCAUCCGCCAUGGCACCAUACGGGAAUCCAUCGCCCAGCUCCCCGUCCUCUCCACAGAUCGUCUCCAGACCGAGGCCGAAUGGCGGAGAGCAUACACGAUGCUCGCCUUCAUGACGCACGCCUAUGUCUGGGGCGGCGACAAACCCGAAGAGGUCCUCCCACCUUCCAUCACCAUUCCCUUUCUCCGAAUCGCCGACCACCUGGAGCUCCCUCCCGUCCUCACCUAUGCCGCCGCCAACCUGUGGAACUUUUCCUGCUCCGGCCAUGAUUUCUCCAACCUCGAGCACCUCACCACCCUCUUCUCCUUCACCGGGACCGAGUCCGAAGCCUGGUUCCUCCUCAUCAGCGUCGCCAUGGAGGCCAAGGCCGCCGGCAUCCUCCAGACCAUGAUGGCGGCCCUCGAGUCCGUCAAGGAACGUGAUUACGAUGCCGUCACCUUUGCCCUCAGAGAGCUGCGCGCCUGCAUCGACGGUGUCAGCGCCCUUCUCGAGCGCAUGUACGAGAAGUGCGACCCCAUGGUCUUCUAUCACCAGAUCCGCCCCUUCCUCGCCGGCAGCAAGAACAUGGAGGCCGCCGGUCUGCCCCGCGGCGUCUUCUACGACGAGGGCGACGGCAAGGGCGAGUGGAGGCAGCUCCGCGGCGGCAGCAACGGCCAGAGCUCGCUCAUCCAGUUCUUCGACGUCAUCCUCGGCGUCGAGCACCACGCCCACGGCGGUGGCAACCGCAACCCGAACGGUCACACGAACGGUCACGCAAACGGUCACGCAAAUGGGCACGCAAAUGGGCACACACACGGUCACACACACGGUCACACACACGGUCACACACACGGUCACACACACGACCACACAAAUGCCAACGGCAACUCCGCGGCUGCGCCGAAAAGCUUUCUCACCGAGGUCCGCGACUACAUGCCCGGCCCCCACCGCCGCUUCCUCGUUCAUGCCGCUCGCAUGGGAAGCAUUCGGGAGCUCGCUCUCGUACCACCGACGACGGACGAACAGCGUCGCCUUCGGGACGCCUACUCUGCUGCCACGGACGCUCUGAGUUGCUUCCGCGACAAGCACAUACAGAUUGUCACCCGGUACAUUAUCCUGCCUUCGAAGCAGGCCUGGAACGGCCCAGGCCGACAGAACCUCGCGAGCGCUUCCUCGUCGAAGCAGGCCGCCGGCGAGCUGACCGGUACCGGCGGCACCAUGCUCGUACCCUUUUUAAAAAAGACGCGGGAUGAGACUUCCCAGGCCGGUCGCCUAAUGCGAUAG